GCGAGAUGUGGUUGGAACAGCUCCCCGGUGCUGAAAUCGCUUCCACACUGGCAACGAGCGACGCGGAGGGUGGGAAGGAAAAAAAAAAAAAGAAAUAUUUCAUAGGGAAAUAAAGGCAGAUAAUUUAUUUGGCACCGACUGAAAUCGAGCCAAAGCCUUCGAGACAGAUGGCUGCCACUCAGGAUGCAAAAGGGAAGGGUGAGGGCGGCGACCAAAACUUUGACUACAUGUUCAAGCUGCUGAUCAUCGGCAACAGCAGCGUGGGCAAGACGUCCUUCCUUUUCCGCUACGCUGACGACGCCUUCACCUCGGCCUUUGUCAGCACCGUGGGCAUCGACUUCAAAGUGAAAACGGUGUACAAAAACGACAAGAGGAUCAAGCUGCAGAUAUGGGACACAGCAGGCCAGGAGCGUUACAGGACCAUCACCACGGCCUACUACCGCGGCGCCAUGGGCUUCAUCCUCAUGUAUGACAUCACCAACGAGGAGUCCUUUGGCGCCGUGCAGGACUGGUCGACCCAGAUAAAAACGUACUCGUGGGAUAACGCGCAAGUGGUUCUGGCUGGGAAUAAGUGCGAUAUGGAUGAGGAGCGGGUGGUGUCUGUGGAUAGCGGAAGGCUGCUUGCAGAACAGUUGGGUUUCGAGUUCUUCGAGACCAGCGCCAAGGACAACAUUAACGUCAAGCAGACCUUCGAGCGUCUGGUCGACCUCAUUUGCGACAAGAUGUCCGACAGCUUGGACGGCGACCCGGCCGUUACCACGGGAGCGCCCACCGCCAAACUGACAGACAGUGCUCCGCCCCUCCAGCAGCCCGCCUGCAACUGUUAGUGCCCCCCCCCCCGGAGGAGUUAAAAAGGAAGGGGCCGCCAACUUCCUGUAACCUGUAAGGUGUUAAUUUUUUUUUCUUUUUUAAACUCUUGUCAUCUUGCCUUCCCUGGACUGUUUAGUGGUAUAGUUACUAAACGCUGUCGUAUUAGAGCAGUGGUUCUUAACCUGGGUUCGAUCGAACCCUAGGGGUUCGGCGGAGGUCAAAACACACCCGACUCAUCGUGUAAAUACAAACUUCUCCCUAUCGGCGUAUUACGGAUACGGCAACAGCUGACUGAUUUGCAGGUGUGUAAUUUGUUGUGAGUUUAUGCACUGUGUUGGUUUUGUUGUUUGAACAAGGUGAUGUUCAUGCACGGUUCAUUUUAUGCACCAGUAAAAAAAAAUGGUAACACUUUAGUAUGGGGAACAUAUUCACCAUUAAUUAGUUGCUUAUUAACAUGCAAAUUAGUAACAUAUUGGCUCUUAACUAGUCAUUAUUAAGUACUUAUUAAUGCCUUAUUCGGCAUGGCCUUAUUAUAACCCUAACCCUCUAACCCUAACCCUAAACAAAUAACUCAAAAUUUGUCAUGAUCUGUGGUCCGGAUCAUGUUUUGUGUUUUCUGUUUGUUUUGGACUCUUUUAAUUCCUGUUUGUGCACCUCCUGAGUU